GUCCGCCGAGCCAUGUCGUUGAGCCCCAAGCACACGACGCCCUUCUCCGUGUCCGACAUCCUGAGCCCCAUCGAGGAGACCUACAAGAAGUUCGGCGGUGCCAUGGACGGCGCCCCGCCCGGGCUGGGGGCGCCCCUGGGGGCCGCGGCCGCUGCGUACCGCGCGCCGCCGCCGGGCCCCUCCUCGCAGGCGGCGGCCGUGGCGGGCAUGCAGCCGCCUCACGCCAUGGCAGGCCACAAUGCCGCGGCGGCUGCGGCGGCGGCAGCGGCGGCCGCCGCCGCGGCUGCCACCUACCACAUGCCGCCGGGCGUCUCGCAGUUCCCGCACAGCGCCAUGGGCGGCUACUGCAACGGUGGCCUGGGCAACAUGAGCGAGCUGCCCUCCUACACGGACGGCAUGAGGGGCGGCGCGGCUGCCGCGGCCACCGGCUGGUACGGCGCCAACCCGGACCCGCGCUAUUCGUCAAUCUCCAGGUUCAUGGGACCGUCGGCGGGCGUGAACGUGGCCGGCAUGGGGUCGCUGACAGGCAUCGCGGACGCAGCAAAGUCCUUGGCGCCCCUGCACGCGGCCGCAGCGGCGGCGCCGCGAAGGAAGCGUCGCGUGCUCUUCUCCCAAGCGCAGGUCUAUGAGCUGGAGCGGCGCUUCAAGCAGCAAAAGUACCUGUCGGCGCCUGAGCGCGAGCACCUGGCCAGCAUGAUCCACCUGACCCCCACACAGGUCAAGAUCUGGUUCCAGAACCACCGCUAUAAGAUGAAGAGGCAAGCCAAGGACAAGGCGGCGCAGCAGCUGCAGCAGGAGGGCGGCCUGGGCCCGCCACCGCCACCGCCGCCGUCACCGCGCCGCGUGGCCGUGCCCGUGCUGGUCAAGGACGGCAAGCCGUGCCAGAACGGCGCUGGCACGCCAACGCCCGGCCAGGCCGGCUCGCAGCCACAGGCCCCGACGCCCGCGCCCGAGCUCGAGGAGCUGUCGCCCAGCCCGCCCGCGCUGCACGGCCCCGGGGGUGGCCUGGCAGCCCUGGACGCGACCGCCGGGGACUACGGCGGAGGCGUGCUGGGCGCCAACCUGCUCUAUGGCAGGACGUGGUGA